UAAUUUCAGGUUUUCUGCUAAUUUUGCAGGAUCCGCCUGCGUCCGCGAAUGCUAAGGGAUGUCUCCGUAACAGAUACAAGGGUAACCAUCCAGGGAAUGGAGAUCAGUUUUCCCAUAGGAAUCGCACCUACUGCUUUCCACUGCAUGGCAUGGCAUGAUGGGGAGAUGAGUACAGCCCGUGCUGCUGAAGCCAUGAACACAUGUUACAUUGCAAGCACAUACUCCACCUGUUCUGUGGAAGAGAUUUCAGCCGCAGCACCUAAUGGAUUUCGAUGGUUUCAGCUUUAUGUCUAUCGCAACCGUAAACUCUCAGAGCAGCUAGUGCAUCGCGUGGAAGCACACGGGUACAAGGCCAUUGUUCUAACUGUGGAUGUCCCUUAUACUGGCAAACGGAGAAAUGAUAUCAGGAACAACUUUAAGCUACCACCUCAUCUCAAAGUAAAAAACUUUGAUGGCAUUUUUGAGGAUCAUAGUGAAGUAGAGCUGUAUGGAGUACCAGCCAAUUCUCUGGAUCCGUCAAUCUGUUGGAAAGAUAUCUGCUGGCUUCAGUCAUUAACUCGCCUGCCUAUAAUUAUUAAGGGCAUUCUAACCAAGGAAGAUGCAGAACUGGCAGUGGAACAUGGUGUCCAAGGUAUCAUAGUGUCAAACCAUGGAGGCAGGCAGCUUGAUGGAGGCCCAGCUACGAUAGAUGCCCUAUCAGAAAUUGUGGAUACAGUCCAAGGAAGAAUUGAGGUUUAUUUGGAUGGCGGAAUCCGUACAGGAAGUGACGUGCUCAAGGCUUUAGCUAUUGGAGCCAAGUGUGUUUUCAUUGGUCGGCCUGUGGUUUGGGGUCUUGUCUACAAGGGAGAAGAAGGAGUCAAAGAAAUUUUGCAGAUUUUGAAUGAUGAAUUUCGUUUAUCAAUGGCCUUGGCUGGUUGCAGAAAUAUUUCUGAGAUCAACAGGAACCUUGUUCAAUUUUCCAAGCUUUAGAAUGAUUCCUUAAGAGAAAUGAAAUAGUACUGCACAUCUGAGCUUGGGACACAUUUGCUGGAAGAUCAAUAUAUCUCAAAAGAAAAAAUCAUUGUGGACAAAUUUGGACCUAGUUGAAAAACACUGUAACCAAGGCAAAUAAACAAAUCAGAAUAUUGUGAA